GGGGCAGCUGGAAGAUUCGAACCGAACGCCCGUCGGGGCGGGUGGCGCGGCGGCAGCCAAUCAGGGCGCGGGGGCGGGGCGGUUCCGUGUCCCCCCCGCUCCGUGCCCCCCCGGGUCCCUCCGCCGCCCCCCGGUGUCGGCGCGGCGCGGGGCGGCGGGCGCGCUCCGGGCAGCGCUCGGCGGGGUUCCCCCCCCCGGCCCGGCCAUGUCGGUGAACAUGGAGGAGCUGCGGCACCAGGUGAUGAUCAACCAGUUCGUGCUGGCGGCCGGUUGCGCCGCCGACCAGGCCAAGCAGCUGCUGCAGGCGGCCCACUGGCAGUUCGAGACGGCCCUGAGCGCCUUCUUCCAGGAGACCAACAUUCCCAGCAGCCACCACCCCCCCCAGAUGAUGUGCACCCCCAGCAACACGCCGGCCACGCCGCCCAACUUCCCGGACGCUCUGGCCAUGUUCUCCAAGCUGCGAACCUCCGAGAGCCUGCAGAGCAGCAACAGCCCCAUCACCUCCAUGGCCUGUUCCCCCCCUGGGAGCUUCAGCCCUUUCUGGGCUUCCUCACCCCCCAACCACCAGCCCGCCUGGCUGCCCCCCUCCUCACCCACCGCCCACGGCCUCCACCACCACCUGCACCACCCGCAGCCCGCCUGGCCCCCCGCCCCCCCACCCACUGCCCCCCCACAGAAAGCCAUGGCCACCAUGGAUGGCCAGAGAUAAGACUGGGUUGGUGGAGGUGGGGGGGUCUGGGGGGUCCCGGGCCAGGGCGUUGGGAGUGGGGGCUCCCCUGAGAAACGCACUGGAAGAAUUUUCUAGGUUUUAUUAUUAUUUUUAAGGUGGGGGGGGGCACACACUGCUGGGGAGGGCACUGGCCCUUAAGAGCCUCUAGCUGGUCUUUUCUCUCCCCCCCCCCUUUUUUUUAAAUAUAUAACUAUAAUAUAUAAAUAUAUCUAAUGUAUAUAAAUCCAGAGAGAAGGAGCAGCAGCGUGGAGGUGGGUGCUGGGUGGGGGGUUUUCCUAUGGACCCCCCCUCCUACCUGCAUCGCUGCAGAGGGGCAGGAGAGGGAAGGGGGGGGGGG